GAUUGUUAGGCUACCUGAAUCUACUGAUUUAAUUGGUGGAGGUAUCAUUGCCGUUUUGAGUAACGUCAUUAUAUGUGUUCUAGUAAUCUCCAGUAUUUCAGGAUGUACACGUAUACCUUGUGCAUUGGUUAGACUUGUCUAAAACAAAACUUAAAUUCGUCUAUUUUUUCAUGUUGUAUAUAGAGUUUUCUACAUUCAAUGAGUUGUAAAGUGAUUAUUAAAGCGUGGUAUCUUCUGUUACUAAUAACUUUUUAUCAGUUAUUGGUCUUUCUUGGUAUAUAAACUGAGUGAAUUUUACUGUUCUCAAAAUUGGGUAGAUUGUUUGUAGUGACGUGCAAUGAAAUACUAACAAAAAUUGAUCAUCCCGAUAUAUUUGUAUUAAUUUGAUUGUGUCAACCCAUAACGGAAACUAAUGUAUCAUACUAAUAAUUAACACACGGAUCGAUCAUUAUAAUUCAAUGGUUUAGAUGAGAACACUAGUAGGUUUUAUUGUCAUGUUUCAGAUUAUUCACCAUAUAAGUUCUAAAUAGCAUGAAACGUAUACUCUUUGGCCUACACUAAUAAAAAUACAAUACGGUAGUAAAAUUGAUAUGAAUAUAAACUGAUUAGUAGAUUACUCUAUUUGCAACAACGCGAUGCUAUUAGGUUUGAUUUUCAGACUAAAUUAUGAAAAUUUUAAUGAUUAUUUGACUACAAAAAUCUUUGUUAUUUGUUAUCGAUAUUACGUAAUUUUGUUCAGAACUAUAUUGUCCUAAUAUUGUAGAUUCAGUUCAUAGUAAGACCAUUUAAUCUCGUCCAUGUGUUCAUUUUUCAUUGGCUUACAGAAAUAGCUUGAAUUUAAUUUACUUUCUGCUUAUUGGUCAGUUAAUCAUAUAUAUAUAUAUAAAGGCUUAAUUUUGCUAUCGUAUUCAGAUUCGCGGAAUGCAGAAAGGCAAUAAAGGAGUUGUACUGGUAACCGGUGGUUCCGGGUUCAUUGGAAGUCAUACAAUUGUAGAACUGGUCAAUAAUGGUUAUUCAGUUAUCACUUUGGAUAAUCUAAGUAAUUCCAGUAUUAAAUGUAUAGAACGUAUUGAAAAAAUAAUUAAUGAAAAAUUACUUUUCUAUGAAGUGAACUUAUUAGAUAAAAAAGCUGUGGAUGAUAUCUUUGAAAAACAUAAAAUUGAUUAUGUCAUACACUUUGCCGCUUUGAAAUCCGUAUCUGAAUCAAUUGAAAAGCCUAUACAAUAUUACAACAAUAAUUUAGUGGGUAUAUUAAAUUUAUUGCAGGCGAUGAUUGCGCAUAAUGUUAAAAAUUUUGUUCUGUCCAGUUCUGCUACUGUCUAUGGUGAGCCUCAGUUUUUACCACUUACGGAAAAACAUCCAACUGGAAAUUGUCAAAAUUCAUAUGGUAAUACAAAACUUUGUUGUGAAUUGAUCUUGAAGGAUUUAUAUACGUCUGAUCCUACAUGGAAUAUUAUAAGUCUACGGUAUUUUAAUCCGGUUGGUGCACAUGCCAGUGGAUUAAUUGGUGAAGAUCCACGAGGAAUUCCAAAUAAUCUCAUGCCUUAUGUGACUCAAGUAGCCAGUGGUUUAUUACCUUACGUAAAUGUGUAUGGAAACGAUUAUCCAACAGUCGAUGGGACAGGUGUUCGAGAUUAUAUUCACGUUGUUGAUCUAGCUGAAGCCCAUACUAAAUCAUUGGAUAAAAUCAAACAGAAUUGUGGUUUCAAGGUUUAUAAUUUAGGUACAGGGCAAGGAUGUUCUGUAUUACAAAUGAUUCAAGCGAUGGAAACAGCAAGUGGUAAAACAAUUCCUUAUACAAUAUGUUCAAGACGACCUGGUGAUUGUGCAACUGUUUAUUCAGAUGCAUCAUUAGCUCAACAAGAGUUAGGAUGGAAAGCAAAAUAUAACAUUGAUAAAAUGUGUGAAGAUUUAUGGAAUUGGCAGGUGAAAAAUCCACAAGGUUAUCUCACUUCAACACAUUCUAAUAAUUGAUUGAUUUUCUCAGGUUUUACUUAAUUUGUGCCUUUUUCUUCAUUUUCUAUUUUAUGCAAUAUCUUUAGUUGCAAAAUUGUGUUUCGUAUGGGCUUUCUCUUAAAUUAAUUUGUUUUUAUCAGGUUCUUUGUAUGAUGAUUUCGCUUAAUCUAAUAUGUGAAUAAAGUUUUUCUAAUAAUACAGUUGGUAGUUUUUAGAGAAAUUCAUAAUAGAAGUAGAUAUAUUGUUUGUCACGCAUCAUAGUAAGUUGAAAAAAAUUUCUAGUAACCAGUAAUUAUUGAACAACUUAAAAUCUAUAGACCCCUUGGUGACUUCUGCUAUUCACCCUCUAGUGAAUUAAAGCUGAAACAUUUAAAUCUCGUCGAAAAUACAUCAUGCUAUCGGAAAUUAAUGCUGCUGUCGAAAUGUAUUCAUUUCAGGUUUUUCAUAAUAAUAAAUAUUAAUAUUUCAUCAUAUUGUGCAUUGUAAUACUAUUUCAAAUCGAAUUUGAAUCCAAUGGUGUAUUCUGUUUUAACUAUUCUCCACCGAACAUUUCUUUGAAGGUAGAUUCAGCAGUUCACACGACUUUGUAUACAAAAUUACCUUUUCUCUUUUCUGUUUUGACUUUCCAAAUAAGAGUAAGCGUUUUUUUUGGGGGGGGGGUCUUAAGUGCAGCUACACAAGUUUCAAGAGUUUACAUAUGAUUCAUGAAUGCGUAUAUUUUGGCUAAAUAACAUAUGUCAACUUGAAUAAACUAGUGAUCUACUUCUUUGUUUAGUGGCUGAUAGUAAUUCGUCUUAAUUUAUGUUUGUUUGAACCUGUUACUUUUAGGAUGCUGAUGUCAUAAUUAUGAUUUAAUACUGUUAAUUUGGGAACUGAAGUUGUGCUGCGGCAUCAAACCAGAAUUACACCCAUAAAUCUCUUAUUAUGUUUUCUCACUUAAAAAUUUCUGAUUUUUUGCACGUUUAUACUCGAUUUGGUGUUGUCUAUUUUUGUCAGAUCAAUACCUGAACAUAAUUUUUAAUUCCGGAAGGAUUCAUGACUUUAGAUAUGUACUAGUAAUAAACGUAAAGAGGUUACUAUCACUAGCCUACCCGACAAUCAGAAACUGCUAUAAAGGAAAGCCAAACAUGGUCCUAAGAAUUUCAAUAUUUCGAAAUUUAUAUUGAAUCUCAACCCCAAUAAAUAAGUCAGUAGAGUGAUGUAUAGCAAUGAUGGAUAAAGUAUAACUGAAAGUGCUACAAUAUGUUUACUUGGAGUUCCGGUAUACAGUCCUCGAAACCACGAAAGAGAAGCAAGAAGUUACAUAUUUGCAAAAUUGAUGAAAACCAUGGGUUUACAGUUGGUGUUUCGUUCUUAUAUACUGCUUAGAACAAAACUUGCUGGGAAAAUGACUCGUUCCAAACCACUGAAUGUGUGGAAAUGUUAACAUCAAAGUUGUGAGACUGUAUUGAUUUCUCAGAAUAUAAUCAAGAUCUAGUCCCUGAAUAAUGGGACAUCUUUGAGUCAAUAUAGAACAAAUUUUAAAAUUGGUCAUUGUAAACCAAAUCUUAAGGACUUUAACAUCUUAGUACUCACGGUAACUGCCUCAUAAACAUUAUUUGUCAAAGCACUUCUGAGUAAUUAAUCCUCAAAGAAUACAUCUAAGAUCACAAGCCGACAUAAACUAGACAACUGGAAACAAAGAAGCACCUAAUAGCUGUUUUGACGUAAUAUACGUCACCCUAGUAGAGCGUGUCUACCGCUUCAUCGGAGUGGAUGCCGACUCAAUUAUUUCAUUGAUAAAUACUUUCCGCGGGGUCUAAAAACUUUUGUUCGAUCCUCAAUAGGACCAAAGAUGCCCACUUCUAGUGAGCUUCAUACGAGGAGGAAGCAAUCAUCCAAGUUUUGACGAAGGUCUAACUUAGGUCAGUUCACGGUCUCAGUAAUAUCUAAACGUCUCCACAAACCCUUUUACUUCUAAAAGAAUAGUCGGUUCGGGUAAUCUCAGUACUUUAAUCACGCUUAUGAAAAACAGUUUGUAAUAAUUACUACAUAUCAGUUAACUUAGGCGUGUUGAAAGAGGUUUUUAUAUCUGUCGUCGAAGUUACGUUUCAAGUUUGCUGGUUUAGUUGUUCAGAUGCUGUGGUCAUUUGAAUUCGAAUUGGAACGUUCUGAAUCAAAUUAUAAUUUUUGCUAGUUUACUGUUCUCGUAUGAACUGGUUAUUGAGCAUAUUUAUUACGAAUAUUUAAUACAAGGUACAUGCUCCUUUACACAAAAUACUUGGAUAUUUUCGCCGAAACUGUUGAUCUUGGACGAGUAUUCUUGUAGUGUCAGUCAUUAUUUUAAGCCUAUAUAUCUUAUAUUCUAGCUUUCGGACAUCCCAUUCUAUUCAUUCUACUUGAGUCAUAUUUUGACCUUGUCAAUUAUUCGCUUAUCAGUCUUGACUGUUUUUAUAUGAGCGUAUAUAUGUGUGCCCUUCUUAUCCUAUUGAUCACAUGUCUGUAGCUUUAUUUUGUCUGACUAUAAAUAUUGAGUAACGCUUGACUAAAAUGGAGUUGGCUUCCCAGCCAUCUUCCGUGCGUGUCAUUUUGCUUUGCUAUGUUUUAUUCGCUUCAUAUUCAAAAUAUAUGUAUUCUCAAGUCAAUUCUCGUUAUUUGACUUAUUUAAUUCCGUUAUUGACUAACGCGAUUUAAGUCGACGAUUGUAUACGAGAAUAUGCGAUGACAAACAUUUAUACGCCCUAAAUGGAGUCAGAUCAACGGGUCACUAAAUUCUUCACAUGGCACAUCGCGAAAGACUUUAUGAUCUAUCCACAUAAAAAUCUAUGAGUACUGAGGCUAGUCUAAUCAUAUCCAUAGUCUUAGAUUGGUAAUGUUGCAUUUGAGCUUUCAUAACUUUCAGAGACUUUCAACAGAAAGUUCGAAGAUACGCUUGUUUUGGUAAAGCUACUCCAAAAAUCUUUUAUUUAGGAGACAUAAAUAUACACCCUUAUGAUUGUAGUGGCUUAGCUUUGCUAAUCGAUCACCUUGAUAACCGUUAUUAUAUAAAUCCCAAUGGUGUUUGAAAUCAGAAGGCGAUAAGAAUCGGCGACUACGGUUUGUUAGCGGAUAGCACAGAUAAGAAAGCUACAAGCACAUCGAGCGAAUUUAAAGCAGAGAGGCGAAUGUGUGUAUGUGAGCAAAUACAGAAGCGAAUUUAUUGUCAAAUCGAAUAAGGCGCAGCUAUGCAAAGCAAAUUCUAUUAACGUGAUCCAAGUACAUGUGUAGAUGGAGAAGAGAAUGAUCUAUCAAGUGAUAUUUAAGCUAGAGUGAGAUGUGUGUAGGCUGUCAUGUGGUCAAGAGUACACGUUUAUGCAGACAAGAUAUUGAUCAUAAUAGUAUAAAGAAAUAUGAGAAUUGUUGCUGUUCGAAUAACAAUGUCUGUUAAGUAAGUUAAUAAAAGGGUUUAACAAAACUAACCAUGAUCGAAGUGGAUUGCAGGAGAGUUGCUAUACGAUGCUAAAAGUUGUCCAUAAGUAUAUAAUUUAUAUAUCAACACAAUGCGAAAUUUGUGAGGAAGCAUUACUGAAGCACCGAAAGGAUCGCAUUCUUAUGUCAGGUUACCAUCUACGAAAUAAAUCCUACCAAAUAAACAUCAUUAGCUGAUUAUCUCAAAACUGGAUGGUUUUCAUUCUAUUAUUAUUAUUGAAAAUUUAGUAUUGGUAAUGUCAGAAACAACGGAAAGCGAUUUCAGAACGCUGUGAGAAUUGGUUGUUUUCCAUUUAUCGUUUUAUAAAGUCUGAACCAUUGCUACUCACUAGAAGCGUUUAUCUGGCAGUCAGAUAUGAAAUGAUUUGCGUCAGAUGUGACAAUCUGAAGUCUCACACAAAGCCACACUGAGGUGAAAAAGUUGGAUACUUUAAGCUCAUGUAAUAUAUUGCUUAGUCGCUGUGAUGAACAACAAUCUCAGGGUUGCUCGGUCUCGCGUUUGUUUUAUAAUAAUUCUUAUUGAUUUCGUAUUGCAAAUACAAUAAGUUUGGUCGUGCUCAUCUAAUAUUUAUUGGUUAAAUUGCGUUAUUUCUGGGAUUCUUAGUUUGUACUAUAAUUCAAAUACUCAUAAUCAUCACAUUGGCGUCGCGAUUGAGCCUGUUAUGGGAUGGAUGUGUAGUGGCAUUGAACAAUAACCGCACAAUCCACAAAGCUGAACACGAGACUACUCAGAAAAUAGAUAUUCAAUAUUUAACGCGGAGAAAUACCUAACAAUGGAGAAGGCGCGAAGAAUGAAUUGAAUGGACUGUAGUUGAUCGAGUGGCAUGGCUCGGCCAUGCAGGCGUGGUCCAUCUGAAUGUUACCUCAUAUCUUCUAUUCAUAUUAAAUAUACUGUUCUUUCUCUAGCCUAACCUUGUUCUACAUCAUGUAUUGGUAAUUGAUACGAUUCAGUGAGUUGGUGUAGUCGAUGGUGUGACUUCCAC